GCAUUCGCAUGUUGGAUCAACCUUAUAUGACAGAUUUGAUUGAAGCGAAUUCAAUGGGCCAUGAACCACAUAAAAUUCACAUUUACAGUGCUUCAUGGGGUCCAACAGAUGAUGGCAAAACAGUGGAUGGACCUCGUAAUGCUACAAUGCGUGCAAUUGUACAGGGUGUUAAUGAGGGCCGCAAUGGUUUGGGCAACAUUUAUGUCUGGGCAUCGGGUGAUGGUGGCGAAGAGGAUGAUUGCAAUUGUGAUGGCUAUGCCGCUUCCAUGUGGACAAUUUCCAUUAAUAGCGCCAUAAACGAUGGUCAAAAUGCUCAUUACGAUGAAAGCUGCAGUUCAACAUUGGCCAGUACAUUUAGUAAUGGUGCCAAAGAUCCCAAUACUGGUGUGGCAACAACAGAUUUAUACGGCAAGUGUACUACAACACAUUCGGGCACAAGUGCGGCAGCACCGGAAGCAGCUGGCGUAUUUGCAUUGGCCUUGGAGGCAAACCCCGAAUUGACAUGGCGUGAUAUUCAACAUUUGACAGUUCUCACUUCGAAGCGGAAUUCUCUGUUCGAUGCCAAAAAUCGUUUCCAUUGGACAAUGAAUGGUGUUGGCUUGGAGUUUAAUCAUUUGUUUGGCUUUGGUGUCUUAGAUGCUGGUGGCAUGGUCACACUGGCCAAACAAUGGCAUACCGUACCGCCACGAUAUCAUUGUGAAGCCGGAGAAAUUUCGGAAACACAUCCCAUCUAUUCUGGCCGUUCUUUAUUCUUGGAAAUCAAAACGGAUGCCUGCAAGGGCACAGAUACUGAGGUAAACUAUUUAGAACAUGUCCAGGCUGUGAUUUCGGCAAAUGCAUCACGCAGAGGAGAUUUGGAACUGUUCUUAACAUCCCCAAUGGGUACAAGAUCAAUGAUUCUAUCUCGACGCGCCAAUGAUGAUGAUCAUCGUGAUGGUUUCACAAAAUGGCCUUUCAUGACAACCCAUUCAUGGGGUGAAUAUCCUCAUGGUACAUGGAAGUUGGAGGCCCGAUUCAAUUCAAAUCAACCCCGUUCCGGCUGGUUAAUCGAUUGGUCUCUGGUAUUGCAUGGCACAAAGGAGGCACCCUAUCGUACUCUGUCACCAGCAUCACCUCACUCCAAAUUGGCCAUUGUUAAAAAGGCUCAUGAGGAAAAGAAAAUGCAGUAAUUUCAAAU